CAGCUGAGAGUUUGCACUCCAGCCCAGGGCUCAGACUAAGAAGGACUGAACCUCUCUCUGCAUCCUCUGUUCCCUGGCCCGUUUCUCUGUCUGACUAACCCCCCACACAAACACCAGCCAUGGACGCCAUCAAGAAGAAGAUGCAGAUGCUCAAGCUCGACAAGGAAAAUGCCUUGGACAGAGCAGAACAGGCUGAAGCUGACAAGAAGGGAGCAGAGGACAAGAGCAAACAGCUGGAGGAUGAACUUGUAGCACUGCAGAAGAAACUAAAAGGUACUGAGGAUGAGUUGGACAAAUAUUCAGAAGCUCUGAAAGAUGCCCAAGAGAAGUUGGAACUUGCUGAGAAGAAAGCCACUGAUGCUGAAGCAGAUGUAGCCUCAUUGAACAGGCGCAUCCAGCUGGUAGAGGAGGAGUUGGAUCGUGCUCAGGAACGUUUGGCCACAGCGCUUCAGAAACUGGAGGAAGCUGAGAAGGCUGCAGAUGAGAGCGAGAGAGGCAUGAAGGUCAUUGAAAACAGAGCCCUGAAGGAUGAAGAGAAAAUGGAGCUGCAAGAGAUCCAGCUGAAGGAAGCCAAGCACAUUGCUGAGGAGGCUGACCGCAAAUAUGAAGAGGUUGCCCGUAAGUUGGUGAUCAUUGAGGGUGACCUGGAACGUGCAGAGGAGCGUGCUGAGCUGUCAGAGAGUCGCUACCGGGAGCUGGAUGAUCAGCUGAGAAUAAUGGACCAAACAUUGAAAACACUAGUAGCCUCAGAGGGGAAGUACUCCCAGAAGGAGGACAAAUAUGAGGAGGAAAUCAAGGUUCUUACAGAUAAACUGAAGGAGGCCGAGACACGUGCUGAGUUUGCAGAGAGGACAGUAGCCAAGUUGGAAAAGACCAUUGAUGAUUUAGAAGAAAAAGUGACACAUGCAAAGGAGGAAAACUUAAAUAUGCAUCAGAUGUUGGACCAAACGCUUUUGGAAUUAAACAACAUGUAAAACGAUCUGCUGGCUUUUAUCUGUGACAUCUGGUUUUCCGAAGACACUGCUUGUCGAGAAAUCCCUUUGGGAAAAACACAGGGCUGGGAUGGGGAUGGAAAUUUUCUGUUUGUUUUUCCCCCAAAUAUUUUCUCUCCAAAUGACUACAGGUUAAAUGGGGUGUCUUUAUGUCAACUGAUAUAAACUGGGACGGAAUGGUUUAGAAUGCAGUUAGCUAUUGUGCCAAGUAUGGAUGACCUGUUAAUGGCCAAAAUGUUUCACGCAUCUGUUUAUGUAUUUUUUUUCCAGUUUUAACGGUUUCUUUGGGUAGCUUCUUGCGUGCUAAUUUUAUAAAAUCAAUAGUGCCUUUUGUGUAUUCCACUUGUAAAAUCCUCACCAAUAACAGUAUUUGGUCUAUUUUUGUUACCUUUUAUUAAAUUUAUGAUCCUGUUUUGGAGGAUUUUAUGGAGUGGAACAAUAUACAAAAGUGAAUACCUUUAAAAUCCAACACCGCGUUGGGCAGCUAAAUGAUGGGGAAACAUGAACAGCUCUGAAAUAUUGUGUCUAGUUAAUUGUCCCACAAACAGCAGUUUCUUUACAAAUGUGUUUUUUUUUUUUUUUUUUUACUUUUGUGGUCUUUGUAAGGUUAUGAGGAUAAAGCCAAAGUUAGAACAUCUUGUCCAUACAUGAGCAAUAAACCAUUUUUAGAUCUCAUAAGGCAAUAUGGAGUAUACCCAAUACUUACAAUAUGAAAGGUUGUUGGAAUUUACAUGGUUUUUGUAAUAUUGUAUAACGGUUUAUAGAAUUUAGAUUAUUUAAAUUGUAUCUAAUUUAAAAAUGUGAAACUUCAGAAGUUGCCAAUUAUGGACUUAUUAUGUAUGAUCUUGCAUUUUAAUACCAUAAGGGUUAAGAGAAAUACAACUUGCACUUCUGUUCUAGUUUAUAUUGUCUAACUGCAUUCCUCCUCUCCUUUUAUACAUACAUGGUUUUUGUUUUAAUUCAAUGCAAAGGUUCUAAUUAUUCCAGAAUAAUUUAAAUUUGGGAGAGCUUAAAUACAUAUACAUCCAUGUGGACAUAAAUCUUGCAAUGCCUCACUUCUAUGUUUUUUUUGUUUUGUUUUUUGUUUUGUUUUUUUACACUAGUUUUAGAUUUGAACCAAAAAAUGUAAAACCUUGUAAUAUGGAAUAAAAAGCACACUUGAAAUUUUCUA